AUGCUAAGAGGCAAAAGUAGUCUGUCAACAAGUGGUAAAUUUACGGGAGCAGUAAUUAAGCAGAGGGCUGUUUUGGGGGACAUUUGUAGCAACAAAUCAACGCUGACAAAUGUAGCCUCUGAGACUGAUUUUAAGAAACCACAACUUUUACCUUCUAAGAUCUUUAAGAAACAAGUUCAAGAUUCAGAGAAUGUACCUCAGCCACUGCCAAGUGACAAGGAUGUUGUCCAACCUGCUGCAGAUACAGAAAGACGGCAAUCAUUUUCCUCUCAAAAUUUGGAGAUUGAAAUUGACACAGAAUCUAAUCCACAGCUGGUUGCUGUCUAUGUCAAGGACAUCUAUAAAUACUUGCAUGAGUUAGAGGAAAAAGCUGUCAUUAAACCCAAUUACAUGGAAGGCUACAAGAUCAGGCCAACCAUGCGCACGAUCUUAAUUGACUGGAUGGUGGAAGUCCAUGGGCGUUUCAAACUACUCCAGGAAACACUGUAUUUGACAGUGGCUACUAUGGAUCGUUUUCUUCAGGUUGAGCCUACUAUUGUUCGGCAUGAUCUGCAACUUGUGGGCCUUACGUGUAUGUUCAUCGCUUCUAAAUUCGAAGAGAUGUACACUCCUGAGAUUCAUGACUUCGUUUUCAUGUCGGAUAAGGCUUAUACAAAGAAGGAAAUUCUGCGCAUGGAAUUACGUAUCCUUAAGGCAUUGGACUUUAGUUUAGGCCGUCCGCUUCCCCUUCAUUUCUUACGUCGGUACACAAAAGCUGCCACGCAUGUUUAUGACUGGGUUGACGUUCUGCACCACACCCUGUCAAAGUAUCUGAUGGAACUGUCGUUGCCAGAAUACGAGUUCUGUCACUUUUUACCAUCGCAACUGGCUGCGGCAUCGCUAUGCUUGUCUCUUAAGAUUCUUGAUGAACGUGAAACACCUAUUGAAGUUUUAUGGAACGACACGUUGGUUUUUUAUUCUGGGUACACUUACGGAGAUCUGGAGCCGAUAGUGGAGAAACUUUGCUCAUUGAUUAUUAAAUCGGAAACGAGCAAGUAUCAGGCUAUUCGAAAGAAGUAUCUUGUCUCCAAGUUUUACCAGAUCAGCGCCCUUCCGAAUUUCAAAUCCCCAGUUACUCAUGCAUUCUUGGCAAAAAUGGCGCUGAAGAACUCAAAUUUUAUCCAUGUUUCUUACCCUAAUGAUGGUUGCUAACUGAAAUGGCACAUUUUUCAUUUUUAGGUCUUUGACCGUGACUUGUGU